CGUUUGACUACGUUGCUCGCUUACGGCAAGGACAUAAGGUCCUUAUCCAGUCCGCCACUGGCGGACUCGGGCUCGCAGCCAUUCAGCUUGCGCGGGCGAAAGGCGCCGAGGUCUUUGCCAUGGUGGGUACGACCGAGAAGGCAGAUUUUUUAAUCCGAGAGAUGAAGCUGCCAGAAUCGCACGUCAUUGCCAUCGCAUCAGGAGACGGCGCGUCUGCUCUACACAAAAAGCUCGCUCGUAUGACGCCUCACGGCCGUGGCUUCGACAUAAUACUUAGUACGGCUCGGGGAGAUGUAUUGCACGCGUCCAUCCAAGCACUGGCACCUCUAGGACACCUAGUUGACGUGGGACGUACCGAUGUACAGGAAUCCAAGGCUUUAGGGAUGGAGCUUUUCAGCAAGAGUGCUAACUUCUCCUCGUUUGACCUCUCACUUGUUCUCGACGCUGACCCCGCGCUCGGCAAGGAGCUAAUGCAAGCCGUCCAUAACUAUUAUCGAGAUGGGCUUAUUAGGGCCGUUCGCCCAUUCUCAGUCACUGACGUAUCUAAGCUUGACCGGGUCUUGUUAAGGUUCUCUAAGGGUACGCAUGUCGGUAAGCUGGUGGUGACGUUUCAGGAUCCGCAGACACCGGUUAAAAUGCUCCCAAUACCGUCCCAGCAGCAUGUCCAGUUCGAUCCCGCGGCAUAUUACAUCGUAGUGGGAGGAUUCGGUGGUCUCGGAAGGUCCAUUAUUAGAUGGAUGUGCCAGCGCGGAGCUCGCAACUUGGUAGUCUUAUCUAGACGCGGGAUAGAGAAAAGUUCCCCUGUAGCGCAAAAUCUCGUGAACACGCUUGGUGAGCGUGGUAUCAAUAUUCAACCCUUGACAUGCGAUAUCAGCGACCGGUCUCAAGUAACGCGCUUCAUAGAGAGUAUCUCAUUAGUCUCCCCAAAUACCCCCGUCAAGGGUAUUAUUCACGCCGCUGUCUCCUAUCUCGACCUCUCCUUCGAUAAACUGACCGUCCAGCGAUGGCGCGACAGCCUAGCUGCCAAGGUCCAAGGGAGCAAGAAUCUGCACGAAGCGACCUUGUCUCUCCCCCGUGGACAGCUGGACUUCUUCGUCAUGGUCACCUCACUCGAGUCCAUCUACGCAUUGGCCACGCAGAGCGCAUACACGGCCGCCAACGCAUUCCAGGAUUCAUUUGCGAGGUAUCGCCGACGGCUCGACAUGCCCGCAACAAGCAUAUCGUUAGGAUUCGUUAAUGGUAUUGGCGAGCUAGGUCAGGAUUCGAUCACAGUGGAGAUGUUUGCGCGGAACAAGGGGCUAACGCUCUCGGAGGGGGAGUUCCUUGCCCGGCUAGAACCGGCGUUCCUUAACGACGGCCUGACCAUCAACGACGGCGAGGGCAACAACUGGGUUGGCCAAGCCGAGGACCUGCUUUCCGCUUCUAAUAUCCUCACUUGUUUGGACCCGGCCGCAAUGGCUGCUACGGAGCGUGACGAAGAGGAUGAAGCACGCGACGCGGGCCCGGCCCGGCCGUCAAGGAACGCCAUGCCUCGCUGGUACGACGAUGGGCGUGUCUCGCUCAUUAUGCGCGCUUUCGAGGACGCGCGAAGAGACCGACGCACAAGUAGCUCUUCGGACGCCGGGGUGGCAGCAGCACAAGGAGGCGACGACAAUGCCGGCAAGUCAUCUAUCAGUCGCAUCCGCCGGCAAUUCGAUGCAGACAUUACCGCAGAGGCUCCGGAGCGUUUCAAGACAGUAGGCUUUGUCACGGGCGCCAUCUCGACGGCGGUAGCUGAUAUGCUCUUCGUAGACGUCUCGAAUAUUAAUCCGGGGCGGUCUGUGGCUGACCACGGCGUCGACAGCCUGAUCGCGGCGGAGCUGCGGAACUGGUUCCACCAGGCGCUGGGGGCGAAGAUAAAUAUGCAGGAGUUGCUAGAUGCGAGGUCUAGUAUUGCGGCGCUAGCGGGUAGGAUUGUAGAUGCAGCGUCAGCUAAGAGGCAAGAUGUGCAAGAGGGGAAAGUGAGGAAUACAUAUAGAUAGGAUAGAUAGC